CACAGAACACAAAUUAAUCCAUGGUUGGGUAACUACGGCGUGGACUUUUGUUUUUUUGUUUUUUCUUAUUGAUUUUUCAGAUCCACCAAACCUAACACUACAGAAACAUGUACAUAGAACUCAGAAGUUGGAAACUUUUUGAGUCUUUAAGAGACAAUCACAUAGAGAGGACCAAAAGUUUCUUCUUCUGGUGUGAAAAAGAGAGACUUUUAAGCGUUGAAACAUACCCAAUUGGAUGGUGGGUGCUGGAAAUGGAGAGCGACCACCUUGGAAGGAGGCGGCCACGGCGGAUGAUGGUGGGCCACCACCACGACCCACCAUCACUCUACCGCCACGUACUGCUUCCAUGGACACCCUUUUCAACGGUGGUUUCAGCCCCGGUCCCAUGACUCUGGUCUCUAGUUUCUUUGCCGAGGGUGAAGAUUUUAAGUCCUUCUCUCAGCUUCUCACCGGUUCCAUGGCGUCUCCGGUGGGCUUGCACAAUUCACCUGGCUUCUUUUCACCUGCUCAGGGGUCCUUUGGAAUGACACACCAGCAGGCACUAGCACAAGUCUCAGCUCAGGCUGCACAGGCCAACUCAAAUAUGCAUAUCCAAGCUGAACAUUCAUUGUCUGUAUCAGCAUCUCCUGCUACCUUGUUGACACAGGUUGUUGCAGCGACUUCCAAUACUACACAACUGCUUAUGCCAUCCUCAAUGGGAGACUCUCGGGCAGCAAUGACAAAAUCCAGUGAUUAUUCUCACCCUGAACAAAGAUUGCAGUCUUCUUUACUGAAUGUUGAUAAGCCUGCUGAUGAUGGCUACAACUGGAGGAAGUAUGGGCAGAAACAGGUGAAGGGUAGUGAGUUUCCUCGAAGUUAUUAUAAGUGCACGCAUCCAAACUGUCCUGUCAAGAAAAAAGUUGAGCGCUCACUUGACGGUCAUGUAACUGCAAUUAUUUAUAAAGGAGAGCACAAUCAUCAACCUCCUCAUCCUAACAAGCGCUCAAAAGACACCGUAACUUCAAAUGAAAAUUCAAGUAUGCAAGGGAAUGUUGAUUCAACUUGUCAAGGAAUAACUACACACUCAAUGUCUAAGACUGAUCCAGAAUCUAGUCAGGCAACAGCUGAACAUCUAUCAGGAACAAGUGACAGUGAGGAAGUAGGUGACCAUGAAACUGAAGUGGAUGAGAAAAAUGUUGAGCCUGACCCCAAGAGGAGAAUUACAGAAGCGACAUCCUCAGAUCCAGCUUCUUCACAUAGGACUGUCACAGAGCCUAGAAUCAUUGUGCAAACAACAAGUGAAGUUGAUCUCUUAGAUGAUGGGUAUAGAUGGCGAAAAUAUGGGCAGAAAGUUGUCAAAGGCAACCCUUAUCCUAGGAGCUAUUACAAAUGUACAACCCCAGGUUGUAAUGUCCGGAAGCAUGUUGAGAGAGCCUCAACAGAUCCUAAAGCUGUUAUAACAACAUAUGAAGGAAAACACAAUCAUGAUGUGCCAGCAGCUAAGACUAACAGCCACACCAUUGCCAACAAUAGUGCAUCUCAGUUAAGAUCACAAAAUACCAUACCUGAGAAGCAUAGUUUAGGCAGCAGAGGUAUUGGGGGCAAUGAGCAACCGCCUGUUGCACAUCUACGGCUGAAGGAAGAGCAGAUAACUUAGGUACCUUGUUUAAGGCUGGAAGAACUGGUAAUAUGAGAACUUGCCACCUUUAAGGAAAAAUGUGUCUCUGCUCACAAGUCAUCUUUAUUUUGAUGUUCAAUGCAUUCUUUUUCAGUCUUAGGCCAAAGUUUUGAUCAAGGCCUAUCAUUCCAGUUCCUGAUAAACGAAAUAUUCCUACAGUAUUCUCUUCCUCCACAACCACGUUCCCAUGAAAGGUAAAGGAAAAUGUUUAAACAAGAAAAGUUUGCGGAAUGAACAGAGGUUUUGGAUGAUGCUAUACUAAUUGUGCCUUUUGUGUACAUUGAAAAUAUAAGUUAUGUUGUUUAAUUUAAUUGGUCAUCAUUUCAUCAUGUAAUUCCUUGCUCUUUGAUAUUUUGAUCAAGAAUGUGACCAAGAUUUGGAUCUAUGAUGAAUUUCAUUAUAGGCUCUCCUCAUCCAUCCAAUUUGUUCAUUGCCUAGUCAUAAAACUUGUAAUCAAGGUAGAUUCCAGAAUAAAAAUUAGAGUAGACUCGAAUUCUUGUGACCUUGCAUGUUUUAAGUUUUUAUAGAUAAAUUGUUAAAAAUUAUUAUGAAUAACUGUUUGGAGGAGAAGAAGGGAAAGGACCAAAGUGCCCUUCUUUUAUUCCUUGGUGUCUGUUCAUGCCUAAAAACUGCCAACAUGAUUGUUCACUGCAAACGAUGAUGACUUUCUAAUCAUGAAUAGAUACAAUCCUUCAAUUGUGGCCUUUUGUUUUCUAUAAAAGCUAAUGGAGGGCAACGGAAACAAAUCUUUUUCUUUUUUAUGAAUUUUUUUUCCAUUCUUGUUGCCGAAAUCCGGCUCUAAUUUUUGCAUUGAACCUCUGCAUAGCCAUACCUAUUAUUGUGAUUU